AUGGCUGGAAAAACCACGGGCAUAGUCGCGCUCUGCGCGACAAUCCUCCUCCUCCAAGCCCAGUCCGUCUGCGCAGUGACAUUCGCCAUCCCCAGCAAAACAGGCGCGGCCGGCUACACCUACGCACCGCUAGAUCCAGCGCCAGUCGGCAUCUCGUUCGAGUUCUUCACCUUCCCGUCGUACAUGACCAACGUCACGGCAACACACCAGUGUCUCGCCAACUGGAAGAACCUCAGUGGAACGUGGCCGCCCAUCCGCAUCGGCGGGACCACCCAGGACCGGGCAUCGUUUGGUGCGGCGAGCGAGGCGUAUGUGACCUACUCGGUCGCGAAUCCGGCUGAUGCGCCUAUGUCUUUGACGUUUGGGAAGAGGUUUAUGACCCUGGCGGGGGGGUAUAAUGGGAGUGUGGUGGUCGGGUUGAAUAGGGGGAAGGAUAACAUUGAGAAUACGAUCGCUGCGGCCAAGGUGGCUGUUACUGAGAUCCCAAAUCUCCUUGCCAUCGAACUGGGCAACGAGCCUGAAUAUUACCCCAAAGACGGCCAACCCAUCGCCCGCGGCACCUGGAACCCGGCAGUGGACGCAGCUUCUCAGAUAAGCUGGAUCACGCGGUUGGGCAGCGCAGUGGGUAGGCCAAAUAUCAUUCAGGCAGGCAACUGGAACCAGGCGCCGCCGGAAUGGGGCGCGGCGCAGAUGAUGGCGCGCGAGACCCCCCAGGCGAGGCAGUACAUCCGGCAUUAUGCGCAUCAUAACUAUCCGGGGGGAAGUGUACAGAAGCUGCAGAGCCAUGCGCAGACGGUGAGCAAUGUCAGGGGAUUGUUUGAUGCGGAUGUUGCAGCUGUGAGGAGGUCGGGGAGGGAGUAUGUCUUGGGGGAGACGAACAGUGUCUCCGGCGGCGGCGCAGCCAACGUCUCCCCGACCUUCGGCGCAGCCCUCUGGACAAUGGACUAUGUCCUCCAAGCAACCUCCCGCAACAUCUCCCGCACCUACUUCCACCACGGUACCAUCGGCAACUGCCAGUACUGCUUCUGGGGCCGGUACAGCAUGGGCGCGCCGUACUACGGUGCCACGGCCGCUGUUGCACUUCUCGGCGGGGGCGCGCGGCACCUGGCCGCGCUUGACAAUGGCAAUUCGGCGUUUGCGGGGUAUGUCACGUUUGAUAGCGAGGGACGGCCGUUGAGAGUGUUGUUGUAUAAUUCGGAGUAUUGGACUGGGAGUGGGAGUGGGGCGAGGAGGGUGGAGGGGUUUACGUUGACGGGGUUGCCGGGGGGGUUGGAAAGGGUUAGGGCGAAGAGGUUGACUUCGCCGGGGGGAGCGAUGGAUAGGGUUGAUCGGGGAGGGGAGAUCACGUUUGGUGGGCAGAAGUUUCAGGAUGGGACGUGUGUGCUGCAGGGGGAGGACAGGGUGGAGGUGGUGAGUGUGGUGGAGGCGAGGGUUACGCUCGAGGUUAAGGCGACUGAGGCGCUGUUGGUGUAUCUGCAGUAA